AUGUCGGCGACGAUUCUGCCACUGGAGCUCGUGGAUCGGUGUAUUGGCAGCAGCAUCUGGGUCGUCAUGAAGGGGCAGCGCGAGUUUGUCGGCAAGCUCCUGGGCUUUGACGACUACGUGAACAUGGUGCUGGAAGAUGUGACGGAAUACGAAAACACGCCCGACGGCUACAAAAAGGUGCAUCUGUCCAAGACGCUCUUGAAUGGCAACAACAUCUGUGCGCUCGUGCCUGGUGGCGAAGGCCCCGAGCACUAA